CAAGUAGGGCCCUCCUACGGAUAGUUGGAAGCAAAACCCUAACCUGCAUCGCAAACAUCAAAACAUACUUCCCCCUGUCCGCCUGUCGUCUCUCUGCAAACCCUAAUUCCCAGUUCCUCUGAUCAAGGUAGAAGAAGCAAUGAGAAUUUGAUUCCCAAACCGUGGGAGAAUUGAUGUGCUCGCUAUUUGAGAUCAAAAUCCACACAAAGUCUAUCUAUGGCUCUGCCCACCGGAAAUGGGAACGGCGUUCUGUUUCCCGCGAUGUUGCAGGUCACUAGCAGCAGGCUGAGGCUGAGCCCUAACUCAGAGCACAAACCGGAGGCCUACGAUGACCUGAAAUUGGAGUUCAGCCCUCUCCUCUUCAGCUCACUGGAGCGUUACUUGCCUCCGGCGAUGCUCAAUUUGUCCCGUGAUGCCAAAAUCCAGUUCAUGAGAGAUAUUCUCGUUCGCUACUUCCCUGAGGCCGAGCGAACUCGCAUCCAAAAGCAAAGGGAAUACCGUGAGCAGAUUAUGUCUCACUAUCAGCCUCUUUACAAGGAGCUACAAACCCUUGACGAGACGAAAUUUUUUGUCCCAUCAUUUCUCCAAGCAGUCAAUGCGGGUACAGAGGAGAGUUUCAGAAAUAUCAUAAUAGAACCCACACCUGGAGUCUAUUCCUUUGAAAUGCUUCAGCCAAAUUUCUGCGAGAUGCUGAUUUCUGAGGUAGAAAACAUUGAGACGUGGGUGCACGAUAAAAAAUUCAAAAUCAUGCGCCCGAACACAAUGAACAAAUACGGUGCUGUUCUUGACGACUUUGGCCUGGAACCAAUGCUUAAUAAGCUGAUGGAUAUUUAUCUACGUCCAAUGGCUAAAGUUUUCUUCCCUGAGAUUAACAAAUUAGCUCUGGAUUCUCACCAUGGUUUCAUUGUUGAGUAUGGAGCAGAUAAAGAUGUUGAGCUUGGCUUCCAUGUUGAUGAUUCAGAAGUCACCUUGAAUGUUUGCUUGGGUAAGGAAUUCUUCGGUGGAGAAUUGUACUUCCGUGGAGUUCGGUGUGAUAAACAUGUGAACACUGGGACACACCAAGAGGGUCGAUGCAUCUUGUGGGACUAGAGCUAUGGUUCCAUGAUUGAACACCUAAGCCGGAUCUGGAGAACAUGAUCAAAUGAAGGCUUAAUAAUCCCACUUUCUGCAACAGGAAGUAGGGUAUUAUUCCCAUAUUCCAGGACGUGCAGUUCUUCAUCGAGGUCGCCAUAGGCAUGGUGCCAGAGCUACGACUUCUGGAGAACGGUUAAACCUGAUUAUGUGGUGCAGAAGUUCGGCAUACCGAGAGCUGAAGAGAUAUCAGACUGAUUUCUCUAGUUGGUGUGGGGAAUGUCUUCGUCGGAAAAAAGAAAGGCAGCACAGGGCUGUUGCAGCAACCAAAAUGGAACUGCUGAAGCGGGAUGGUAUAUCUACAUCCUGACCUUCGAACUUCACAAUCUCGUGUUUUUCGUUUAGGUCUUUGAAGUUAUAGAGAUGAUAUGGCAACCUGUCGAGACCCCGUUCCAGUUGGGGUGUUCUCUGGAGUGCAGCAUCGAACCAGCCUGGCAUGCUUGUAAGGCAUUUUGGGUGCUGAAAUGAGGGACACAUUUUGGAUCAUGCUCACCCUUCCACCUUCUCCAGAAAAGGAAGAGAAAAAAAUGUCACAGAAGAGCUUUUACAUACUGCUAUCCUUGUUUUAGGUUACUGAACUGUGAAUGCCAUAAGUGACUUGGUAGAUAGCUUCUCCAUCUGUAUUCUGUGCAGUAGCUUGUUUAGUUCCAGAACUUACUGGAAUGUCUUGUGGUUUCAGCCUGAAAAUAUAUGCUGUCCGAUUUCGACUGUACUUUCGAGAAACAACACUGACUGGGAAAUAAGAAAUGAAUACACCUCGCAUUGGCAUCAAUGGCGACGGUAUCAUUAGCUGAAGCAAUACUACAUUUCAAGAAACAAUGCUGCCAUUCCUUUUAUCUCAAUACACAGGAAGAACAGUACACUACCCCCCUGGAACAAAGUUGCUUACUACUAACUGUAUUCAGUAUUCGCCAUAAUCUGUACAUCAUCUUAUUCUCUCUGUUAAGAAUUGAAAAAUGUGAUCCAACUACAACCAAUACCGAGAGAAUUACAAAGUGAUGCAUAAAUAUGU